UAAGGUCUAAGGACAGAAGAACUCUUGAUAUUGCCACCAACAAUAUAUCAGCUGAAGGUGCAAAAGCAAUUGCAGAAGCCUUGAAAACAAACCAAACAUUAACAAGUCUUUAUAUGGAGAACAACAACAUAUCAGCUGAAGGGGCAAAAGCAAUUGCAGAAGCCUUGAAAACAAAUCAAACAUUAACAGUUCUUGAUAUUGAGAGCAACAAUAUAUCAGCUGAAGGGGCAAAAGCAAUUGCAGAAGCCUUGAAAACAAAUCAAACAUUAACAAGUCUUUAUAUGGAGAACAACAAUAUAUCAGCUGAAGGGGGAAAAGCAAUUGCAGAAGCCUUGAAAACAAAUCAAACAUUAACAAGUCUUUAUAUGGAGAACAACAAUAUAUCAGCUGAAGGGGGAAAAGCAAUUGCAGAAGCCUUGAAAACAAACCAAACAUUAACAGUUCUUGAUAUUGAGAACAACAAUAUAUCAGCUGAAGGGGCAAAAGCAAUUGCAGAAGCCUUGAAAACAAACCAAACAUUAUCAGUUCUUGAUAUUGAGAGCAACAAUAUAUCAGCUGAAGGGGCAAAAGCAAUUGCAGAAGGCUUGAAAACAAACCAAACAUUAACAAGUCUUUAUAUGGAGAACAACAAUAUAUCAGCUGAAGGGGCAAAAGCAAUUGCAGAAGCCUUGAAAACAAACCAAACAUUAUCAGUUCUUGGUAUUAACAGCAACAAUAUAUCAGCUGAAGGGGCAAAAGCAAUUGCAGAAGGCUUGAAAAAGUAUAAGUCAAUAAUUAAAAGAAAAUCUAAUCGAGUUAAAUUUUUUAUUAAUUUCAAUCCAUUAAUAUCUCGUCCACCAUCAGAUGUUAAAUAUCAAAUGAUAACUGUUUUAAAUGGAUUACUGAGAUAG